CUACUCUCAGUCUGCCGGGCGGCCUCGUGCGCGCUGGCUUGGUUUCUAUUCGACGAAUUCGCGCGCCACGCGAAACUUACCCGCGCUCGGGCUCGAGAAGCCCGAGGAGGAACGCGUACUGCUAUAACGCGAACCGAGCGAACGCGUGCAAUACGUGACAGACGGAGUCGGCCCGCCGCCGAAAGAAUACUCGCGAGGAAAUUGGACGCGGCGCGGCGAGCCGUUGGUCACUCCUCGGCCGACGAUCUACGAGGAUCCGAGUGAGUAAGGCAGGUCGAGGAGCAGCCGGCUCCGGUUCGCGCCUUCUCAUCGUGUCCACGUGUUCCCGCGAAUAAUCGCGGUCCCGUUCAUUGCCAGUUCUCGCUGCGAAACGAAAAAAGGAAGAGGAACGACGAGGAAGCAUGCUGACACGCGAGUGGUGUAUCGGGUGAUGACGUGCGUCCCUCGAUCAUGAGACGGUACACGCGCUCCGUGGCACGCGUGUCUCUUCGAACGGAAUAAGAUACGGCGGCUGUUGUACGCGGUUCGUUCGCGAGAAAGUACGUACGCGAAAGCCGGCGGUGCGGUGCACGGUGACAGGACACGGAGCGACGACGCGGCGGCGGCGCUCUCAGGGAUCGCUCGCCGGAACGAAACGGAACGGAAACACGUCGCUCUUCUACAGGUGUUUCGAAUCGAUUCCUCGGACGCCCUUUCCCCUCUCGGUCGCGCGGUGGCCCGCCGCUUGCUCCGCUGGACUCUGUGAUAUGUUCAGUGAGUUUCCUUCGUCGGACACGUGAUCCGCUGCUCCAGAACGGGCAACGCGACGCGACGCGUGCCUCCUGUUAGUUUCUCUCGGGUCUCGCGUUCGCCGGACGUGAAAUUUCACCGGGAACCGUGGAUCCGGUGCGACGGCCGACCGUCACCUGAUAAACCGACGUGUUAUCGUCCUCGUCACUAAAGAUCGGAUCACUGUUUCGUACAGGGAACUCUAGAUCGGUGAAUCGUUUCUACGGUAUCUGACAUGAUCGUCGGAUCGAUCCUUCUGACAGAGAAACGUUGACAAAUGAAAUUCGCGUGGUCCUGUGAUAAAUUUUACGUAGAGGCAGACGCGGUAAAUUGACGAGAAGACUCUUAGAAACAGAGUUCUAUCCGGUUGUUGUUUGCACCGAGUGCGUCCGCGGUAUUAAAUACGUGAGAAUUCAAAUUCGUAACAGAGAAUAGAACGAGAGUGACGUUUCACCGGAAAAGCGGUGUGUAAAUGACGCGGUGGCGGAGGUGGCGAUCUGGUACGCGGUAAAUACAUACGUGAUUUCGGUGAGCAAAGAGAUUGUCAGGGGGGGUACGUAAGACGGUUGCCACACCGCGGAGGAGAGGAAGAGACAGCGGCGUGGCAGAUGAGAUGUGAAGCACGAGGACUACGCGGCGUGGAGCUGGCGGGAGCGAAGGCGGAAGUUGGGAAGUCGAAGCCGUCGCCGAAGGCGGUCGCAGGGGCACCGGCGGCUCAGGGGGGCACCUGGCGGGGGCCGCCUGAGAUGACGACCCUGCGACGGGGCAUCGCGGCACCCCGGUACAACACCUACGUCUUGGUAUCGCUGAUCGGGCUGUUGCUGCAAACCCAAUCCGCGACGGGCGGCAUAUGCUGGUCUUCCAUCAGCAACGGUCGGUGUAAGGAAUUGCUGUCGCAGGGAGUAACGAAGGAGGACUGUUGCGCGUCGAACGCAGCAGCUGCGACUGCCUACUCCGAGGAAGACCUCGAUAGCGGAAGCUUAUUUUUUUGGAAGGUGCUCGGGGGAGGUGUGCAGUGUCGUCCAUGCAGAGAAAGCUGCGCGGAGGUGAGGUGCGAAGAGGGUAAAAAGUGCGUGGUGCGCAGAGGGAGACCGAGGUGCGUGUGCAGUCCUGAGUGCAAGGCGCCGAGGGGCGGAGGUCCUGUCUGCGGGACGGACGGCAAGAGUUACAAGAAUCUGUGCAGACUGAAGAAACGCGCGUGCAAGAAGGGAAGUCACGAGCUAGCGGUUGCCUACAACGGCCACUGCCAAAGUUCGUGCGCCCGGGUACGGUGUGGCCAAGGCCGGAGCUGCUUGCUGGAUCAAAACCUGAGCCCGCAUUGCGUGAGGUGCGCCCGCAGGUGCCCCCAGCCGCCCCCGCAACAGCGAGCCGCCGUCCGGCCCGUCUGCGGGGCCGACGGAAAUACGUACAAGAGUGCCUGCCACCUGCGACUCGCCGCCUGCCGCGCAGGUCGCGCCAUUCCCGUCGCCUAUAAGGGACACUGCAAACAGAACGCGGACUGCACGACGAUCCGUUGCCGCGAGGGACAGACGUGUCUGACGGAAAUGAAGUCAGGUCGGCCGCGUUGCGUGACCUGCACCUAUCGUUGCCCCCGGAAACGCGAGCGCAUCCGAAACCGGACGCACCGCGAUCGCGACCCAUCGGCGACGAUGCUAUGCGCCACCAACAAUAUCACCUAUCCCAGUUGGUGUCACAUCGUCAAGGACGCCUGCGUUACCGGUUACGUCCUCGAGACGCGACACGCCGGCCCUUGCAACGCCUACGACUCGUCGCAUCUCUAUAUCGAGGAGGACAACACCUCGAGCAACUACGGCGUCGAUCUGGCGGACGAGGACGCGAGAUUCGAGGACGAGUCGUUAUCGUACCACGGUCAGACGCAUCGCUCCCUGGCUUCGUUGUCGUAUACAGAAGCAAUAAUAGAUUUUGUACAAAUUAAUAUGAUACGUAACUUUAUCAAAAUGUAUUUAAAGAUUCUAAUUACUUUAUCAAUUUGCCAUUUGAAUUACGCUUGGGAGAUGUCGGAGAAUUUCGCUAAGACCGGCCAUUCGAACAAUUGGGCAGUGCUGGUUGACACUUCACGAUUUUGGUUUAAUUAUCGGCACGUAGCGAACGUGCUGUCGAUUUAUAGAAGCGUCAAACGUUUGGGUAUACCAGAUUCGCAAAUUAUUCUAAUGAUAGCAGAUGACAUGGCUUGCAAUCCGAGGAAUCCUCGACCGGCCACUGUUUUUAAUAACAUCAAGCAACAUAUUAAUGUCUACGGAGAUGACGUUGAAGUAGAUUAUAGAGGCUAUGAAGUUACGGUAGAAAAUUUCGUGAGAUUGUUGACUGGACGGUUAGCACCCGAGACACCUAGAUCUAAGAAGCUUUUGACAGACGAAGGGUCUAACAUUUUGAUUUAUCUCACCGGUCACGGUGGGAAUGGAUUCUUGAAGUUUCAAGACUCAGAGGAGAUCACUAGUCUAGAACUCGGUGACGCGCUAGAGCAAAUGUGGCAAAAGAGAAGAUACCACGAAAUAUUGUUCAUUGUAGACACUUGCCAAGCAAGUUCGAUGUAUGAGAAGUUUUAUUCUCCGAAUAUUCUAGCAGUUGCUUCCAGUCUGGUUGGAGAGGAAUCGCUUUCUCAUCACUUGGACCCUGCUAUUGGUGUGUACGUUAUAGAUAGAUAUACAUAUUAUGCACUAGACUUCUUAGAAAAAGUAGAGCCGUCUAGUACCAAAACCUUGGGAGAAUUCCUCAAGGUAUGCCCCAAGCAUUAUUGCUUGUCAACAGUGGGAGUGAGGAAAGACUUAUUCCGAAGAGAUCCCGACAAAGUACCGGUCACAGAUUUCUUUGGAUCAUUGAGGCCUGUUGAACUGACCACGAGAGUGAUGAACGUCUUACCCAUGAAGGCGAACAAGACGAAGAGCAUAGAACCGGAGAGAAAAUACUUUUACGUUCCACAGUUUCCUGAUGUAUCAAACUACAUGCAUCUGACUGUUUACUCGGUAAUCCUCCUCACUUUCUGCAUCUUGUCGUUCGGGUACAAACUGAAUGACAAUUACGUCGAAGUACACGAUAUCGAGAAUAACGCGAUAUCGCAGCAGUUACCACCCGAAGAGCCAGCGAAUCAUUCGUUUCCAACGGUGCCUACGGCUCCAUUGAUUCCGAAGUGCGCAGAAGAAGGGUACUUCAGAGAUCCCUUCAACUGCAGGAAGUUUUAUUACUGCCAGUACGAGAACGCGAUCCCAACUGGUUAUUAUUGCCAGCCAGGAUUAAUAUUCAACACGCUCACCGAUUCCUGUGACGAUCCUGCUUACGUGAACUGUUAACUUUAUGUUCUGCUCGAAAAAUGUUGAACAUUAUUUAUUGAAAUGCGAAUAAAAUCGUCAAGAGGAAGCUGAGAUGAAAUUGAA